AUGAGCACUUACAUAUAUCAACCACAAAGUAAUGGAGGAAAGGUGAUGAAAAUGACAAGAGGUGAAGGCUUUUGUGGCGUUCAAAUGCUAGCUGAAAGGCUAAACGAGCUGUACACCUGGGCAGGGUGUGAGCCACCCGGAUUAAUGAGCAUUAUUGGAUAUUGGACGGGGGUCGCCGUCGCGGUUUUGGUGAUGAUGGUGGGCGUCCUACGUGAAAUGGCCUAG